AUGGAUGGACGCGCGACGCAGACGAAGGCGGGCGCGACGGCCGUGGAGACGACGCGACGACGCGCGGCGGCGGCGACGAGCUCGGCGCUCGCGCUCGCGCUCGCGAACCCGGCGUUCGCGGGCGACUUGUUCGGACCGGAAUACUCCGGCGCGGUCGCGGUCGGGACGACGAUUAUCGUCGUCGGCGUCGGCGCCAUCAGCGCGUUGCUCCUGCCGUUCGUCACGGGGACGUUGAACCCGGUUCAAAUGGCGGUGAACCUCGGCUUGAUCGAGGGCGAAGUGAGCAACCUGCGCAAGUUUAAGAUGAACGGCGACCCGAUGGAUCACGGCGGAAAGUUCGGGCACAAGUGGUACAAGACCGAUGCGUACUGCAACGGUAAGUACAUCGAUUUCGCGGGCGUGAAGAAGACGGAGGAGACUGAGAAGAAGGCGGCGGCGGCCGGCAAGCGAUAA